UUUUUUUAUUUUUUCAUUGGAGUCAAGAAAAACUGCAUUAACAGUGGUGUAUGAGAAGCUUAUAAAAAUGACAUGAAAGGUAUCAGUUGUCAAGACAAGUCCAGAUGAUCUUAAUUGGGGGUGAAAAUUAAUGUGAUUAAAAAACAGCUUUGCACAUCAGCAAAUUCAAUAUCAUAUCAAAUAAAGUUGGGUAGGAAACAUCCAAAACUGGAAAAGAUAUAAAUUGUCUGAAUGCUACAUUUGUUCAUUUUGUUUUCAUUUGGAUUUCUGAUUUUCCUCUUUUUUUUAAACCACAGCUUCUUGUUCCUAGUUUCUCUUAUUCUGCUUUCUCCAGUUCCGCGCCUGAUGAAUAUUCUCAAUCAGCUCACCCGUUUCCCUCCACCAGAAGCCCUUCUCGCUAGCCAGUUCUCAGAUCCUCUGUGCUACAGACUCCUUGUUCCUGGCAUUGCUUUGAUUUGGCCUGUGGACCUUCAGUGCCUCAGAUUAAUUAUUAAAGCUUUGUGUUUUUGGUACCACCACCUGCCUGUCUGCCCACUCCUGGUUGCCUGCAUUUCGAUCUUUCAAAAGCUAAUUCGAAUAAGAUUUCACCUCAACUUGGACUGGUUUGUUGUUUUAGCUUCUUGGGUUUUGAAUAAGUUAAAAGUUAGGUAAGGUAAGUCAUAUUCUCCUAUUUUUAGUUAUGUGAAAUUGAAAGCAGUAAAGCUAAAAAUUUAAUAACUUGUUGUAAAUUAAUUCAAAAGCAUUAAUUGUCAUAGUAAUAUUAUUAUAAUAUCAUACUAAUAUCUUGUUAAACUACUACAGUAUGUAGCCAAUUAUUUUGUCAUAAAUAAAGGGGACUGGAUUUCAGGGAAAUCCCCUCAAAAUAUAUUUUGGCUGCUGUUACUCAUUUUGCUCAUGAAGAACACAUACGAUUUUACAAUUUAAAAUUUCGUUUAAGACUACAAUUUAUCUGUUUAAACAUAUUUUUAUAACACCCCCAUAAAUUAUUACACUGUUGGCUAAACGAUAAUGUGUGAAUAAAUCAAAAAUGUUGAUUAAAUUGGCCAUUUUUACAUAAUUCAUUACAGCAGGAUGCUACAUAGCUGAAGUUAUGUCAUAGUGACCUUUUAGGAAGAGGAAUAAAGUGUUCAUAGUAGAAAGAGGCUAAUGACUGUUCCUGCUAGACUCUUUAAAACAAAUCUAACUAAAAACGAUUACACCAGAGCCAACCAAUCAUCUUUGUCCUUUUGCAUGAUGCAGUUGUUAAGCUUGUUGCCAUUUUGCUUAAACAAACAACAUUCAAUUAGAUUUACUUAGGCUGCAAACAGUGCCAGUCAGCCUGAACAGCUGAGUAACACCACCAGCGUUAUUUCAAAACAACUGCAUGAAAAUAAAAACAGGCCAUUGCAACAGUAACGAAGAGUUGCGUCUUCUGAAUAGAUGAGGAGCUAUCUUUGUGAGGCAGAGCAGAGGGAGUAUUUUCUUAUUGUCACUGCUGCUAUGAGUAGAUCUUGGUCAGGCCGCAGCUCGACUGUUCGUCCAGGGGUAGGAGUCUGGACUUAUUUCAUUAGCAUUGUGCCAUUUGUAUUCUUUGACUCUGUCUCAAUGCGGUUUGUUGACAUCCAAACCCUGUAAAGUGAAUCAUACACCAGUCCGAGUUACUUAAGAUUAGGAAUCUGUCAAUGCUGAGUUCCAGUCCAGUAUUUUAUUAAAUUUAAUCCAACGAAUGCCAUGGAUGCUUCAAAACUCUGUGGCUUUAAGGUGAAAUGAAAUAUGACUACAUGUCAUCAGUUUUAUACUUUAUUUCCCAGGAACAUUCUGAAUGCUGCAGUCUCCUUUUUUCUUCACAAUGGCAGAUGUUUGUCACGACAGGUGUUGAUGUAGGUGAGCUUCAAUAAGUCAACAUUUGGUUUACUAAAUUAGUUGUGACAGCAGUAAGGAGAGUAGCUAUUGGUUGUUGAAGUUGCUUGAUGAUCACCCAAUUUACAAUUGACUCUGUGCAUCCAAAUGUAAAAGAUUACUUAGUGUGAUACUGCAAAAAAAAUUAGUAAAAUUAACCCUCAGUUUAAAAAAACAAACAUAUUUAGCUUCUUUUACUGAUUUGUUUUUUAAUUUUCAGUAACAUUUAGUUUCUCUGUCACACAAUAAACCUGUUAAAUUUACCACGUGUUGGAUCAGAUAUGGGAUCAGAUACAUUAGCAACAGUGGCAAUAGGCAGAGUUGGUCACAUGGUCAACAUAAAGGGUGAAACAGGCUUAAACUCUAAGUGGAAAUGCCAAAUUUGAAAAAAAAUAAUUACUUGAAACAUAAUGCAGUUUCGCAAGAAAACAAAUCUGUCUUGCUAAACAUUAGCUGUGAAAAAAAAAUGGCAAUGCACCUUGCAAAGAGUGCAGAUAUCAAAAUUAGGAAAUCAAAGAUGUAAUAACGAAUCCAAAUUAUUACCUGGGUUAAGAUCAGGACAUCCCCACAUGAGAAAACAUAUCUGAAAACCAAGAAUUGUUAUAUAGCAACCAUCUGCAAAUGUUAAACAUCCUUACCUUUAUAAAGCUGAUUUGAUUAGCAAAAUUGUUUCUCAUUUUUGUAUACCGCUUCCACAUUCAGCCUUGUUAUUCCAGCCUUUGUUGCACUGAGAGGCGGGUCAGCAGUAAAACAAAUACGAAGGGCAGGCAUAUUUGCUUCCACACUGAGAGUUUGUAGUCCAUGUUGACAGACUAUAAUCGCUUGCCAAAUGUCUCAUCUGACUGGCUUUGAGGUUGGUUGCUCUCUUCCAAAAACAUAGCAGACCCCACUCUUCAUUAACAAAACAAAUAGAAAUACUCCCUACCAGAAAAACAUGAUAAACUGGCAAACAGAGCCACUUUGGUCCAGAGCAGACAAAUUUAAUAGACAGUUAUGAUGACCACAGACACCACUUCUCCCCUGAUUCCAAGAACAACAGUUAGCCAAGUCAAUUUACCUUAAUUUCUUUGGAGGAGAAAGCCAGCCUGCCGGGUUGAAGCAGCAGCUCGAUGCGAAUGAGCGCUCGUUACAUGAUGAUAGAUGCAUGUAAUUGCUGAAGUGUUGAUUGCUCCCCCCCCCCCAAAAAAAAAAGAUUCUAUCAGUGCAGAAUUUUCUGUUUCAUUAAGCCAUGGUCAGAAAUAAUACAACAGCAUUCUGUAGACCAAAAAAGAAAGAUUGGAGGCCGAUGGUAAGGAGCAAUUUAGAGACACUUUAGUUUUAAUGGUGCUUUAUUAAAUCUAUUAUUAAUUAAUUAAUUAAUCCUCACUUUUCUGAAGGCCCCUGUCACUGCUUUUAAUCGUGCUGGCUGUAUCAGUGAGUUUUUGCUGAGUGCGUGCUUUAUGUUGUUUAAUGCAUCACUGGCUGGCUGUGCACCAGCUCACCACUUGCUUUUAUGAUCAAACACUGGAACCCACGCUUCGUUGGGAAUGCAAAAGCGUCCUGAUACAGACGCUUUAGAGUCACAGGUGCUGACUCAUCUUGCCUGGAGAAGAAAUGGAAGCUUUUUGUGUUUUGUUCGUAAAAGUGCUGUUUAACUUCAGUACCUCAGCUGGUAUGUUUGUGACAAUGUCACUCUUUCCUUUCCCUGUGCAUCACUAUGCAUAUGCAUCCUCCUCAUUUGUUUGUGACAAAGAGGAAGGAUAUGACUAAUCCAAGAUUAGGCUGAUGGAGAGAGAGAGAGAGUCUUACGAGCCAGAAAAUGAUGUCAGUAAAGGCGGCUCGUUUGGUGAAUGUCUGUGUGCAGGAAAGCCCCUAUCAUGCCCAAUCAGCUGCUGUUUCUGCAUGACUAAUGCUGAAAUAACAUAUCAUUGUCAGACACGGCAUGUUCACACAGCUGUUUCAUUUUUUUCAUCCACAGGCACUCAGCGAUAGCCUUUGAUGCACAUACACACACAUUUCUGCACGCAAACUCAUCCUUAUCUUUCUGGAUGACACCAUUUUGCUCUCUAACAAUCUUGCUAAUUAUAAUUGUUAAUUAAUUCUCUGCCUGUGUCCUCAUCAGGAGACUAAUAACCUACAUUUCCAUUAAUUAGACCUUCAACCCCUCGCUCUCUCUCUCAGUCUCUGUGUCCCACACCAAUCCACCCCAUUGUCCCUCUGCUCGCCUGCCUCUGCUCCCGCCUCACAGGAUCUGCUAAGGACCACAUCCAGGCAUGGACAGUGAUUACUCGCGUGGGUGUGUGUGUGUGUGUGUGUUUGUAUUUCUGACAUUGAGAGGGCAAACACUUGUUCACUCUGUAGGGACUGAAAUAUGAUUUGGUCCAAAACAUCUUGAAAGCAUUAUGUUCUUUAGGCCUAAAGAAAUUGACAUUGUGGAAAUAUGGAUUGUUUUUCUGUUGAGUUACAUGUAAACAUUAAAACUCUGCCUCUGUUUGAUUUUUGGACCUUAAUAAGUUUCCUUAAAGACCCUGGUGUUGAGUUUUAUGGACACAUGUGAUUACACAGCAGUUACUGAAGAGCUGCCAUAUUUAAAGCUCACCAGCCAACAGAAUCUAGUUGGGUUUUAGUUUUUGCUGUCCAAAGCACAUGCAAUGCCUUGACAUCAGCAGGGUUUGUAAUUAUUGAACAACAUGGUGUUCAAUCUGAGCCUCUGCCGUUUGGCUCUGUGAUGCCAAAUAUGUCAGUGUCUUGCAGUGCUGGUAACCUCUGCAAGACAUAAGACCUGAACAUAGAGAGCAGGAAUUGUCUCUACCUUACAAAAAAAAAAAAAAAGCAGAGGAGAGGCUUCAAUCUUUAAUCUUUUACAUUCUUGGUUUAUUUUUUUUAUGUGGAGAGACGUUCAGAUUAAUUUAUACUCUUAUUUUUCAAAUUUUGUCACCAAAAAAAGUUAUUUAUUUCUUUGGGAACAAAACAAUGCAUUAUUCUUAUUCACCACAUGUUACUUCUCUGUCUGUUAAUAGUUUGAACCACCCCCACUUACCAGUAGGAUUUAGCAUUUUCCCACGAUGACAUUUCCCUGGUUAGAGUGCACAGUCAGAGGCUUCUUUGAGUCUGGUGAAGCAUUUCUGACUUAUUUUUUCAGAAUUCUGAAUCUGAACUUUUUCAGGACAGAUGUUCAUUUGAAAUCUCCUGCUGUGCCUUUUAGAAAGAUUCCCAGUGCCUUAGGAAGAGAAACUGGCCCACAGCUUUUAGCUGUGACAAGUGUUCACACCUAAAAGCUGUUUUAGGUCUGAACACUUUUGUUCAAAACAAUAAUUUUUUUAAUACACUCCCUCCACCUUACCUUAAUAAAUACAUUCAAAUUGCUGCCUGCAUUUUAAAAGGCUUGAAUAUUUAAAAGUUUAAUUCCCUCCAUCCAUUGCUAUCGUCUCUAUAAAUCUUGCUUUACUCCUCCCAUUAAAUGCUGAACUUAUUUGACCGAUGACCUUAUUUGUAACAUUUUUUCUUUGUGUGUGUAUAUUUACGAUCGAUAGCCCGCUAUCCCCUCUCAGAAGGAAACUACCAUUCCCUUUCGGCUCAGAUGACCUGGUUUCAGUGCAGAGUGGGGCACUGUUGUGUUUAUCACGUCACCACUUGUUCUGAUCUCAGAUCAUUGAUAUGCAGUAGACAUGCUGCCACUGCUCAUUCCUCAGGCCUGGUGAUCGUCUUGUCAUUCAGAUCCAAGCUCAGACCAGAACCAAAGUGAACAUUCUCUGCCUCUGUUGUUGGAUGUUUUCUGGUCCAAGCAGGGCUCUUUCUCUCUCCUUCCUCUUCCUCCUUCUGUUUGGCUCAAUAGGAAGUGGGAACCAGUUGGCACUUAAAUCUCCAUACUGUACUGAUUGUGGCAAAAUGGCAGCUUCUGCUUCCUCCGUCCUCCUUGUGUGGUUCCCUCACCCUCUCCUGAGAGAAGUAACCCAGAUUUCAAAAUGAAUCGCCGCCUAUUCCCCUCAAUCCUUCUCCUCUCUCUUUCUCUCUCUCACUCUCUUUCUCUACUUUUACCACCCUCUCUUUCUCUCUUAUUCUCUCUCCAUCUCUCAUCCUCUUCCUCGUAAAACCGAAUCAAUCUUGGAAAGAGAAUACCACCUCUCCAUCUCGUACUCCCACUCACCCUGCCUCUGGGUUAAAGGAUACAUACCACUUCAAUCCUGUGUUUGCUUCUUUAAAAACUUGAGCCACUCCAGUUGCCUGUUGCAUUCAUUUGAAGUUAUGUUGUUCUUUUUCUUUUCUUGAGCUGCUUCUCCUCUCCUCGCCAUAUCUUUUCUGGCUUCUCUACCUCUUUUUUGGGGGUUUGUUUGUUAUUUUUGUCUUGUCUGAGUUGACCAGCUACAGGUGCACCUCAAAUUUUCAAUUCAAGGCAUUCAGACGAAGAGUCAAGGACAGGAAGAGGGGACGACUGUUUUUGGCAAGGAUUUUCUUUCAAACUAAGGUAUUUUAAGUACAGCUUGGUGCACAUCUUUAGUAUUUUCCAUCACGUGUUUGUAUCACUAAACCAUUUUUAAUUGUAUUCAUCUUUUUUAACUGCUUCUUUGCUGAGACAUCAUCAUUUUAUCACUUAUUUUUUUAACUCAGUCUUAUUUAUUUAUUCAUUGGAUCUCAUUUGUCAUUCAGCUGCAUGCAACUCACUUCUUCCAUCUAAUAUUUGCCAUUUUGCACUUUUUCUCUGCACGUCCCAUUCCCUGCAGACGCCCUCAUGUUAUUCUGGUCCAAACUUUUCUGCAGAAAUAGGACUAAUUGCUAAUAAGGGCAGGCAGGAAGACGAUGAGAAGAUGCAGGCUCCAAUACUGGAGCAGCUGGUGGGGUGUUGUUGACAUGGCAACAGGAGGUAGUUGACAUAACGACUGAGGUAUGGGUGGGGGUGCGGGUAUUCAUAGCAAAUGAGGGGUGCAGCAGGAUGGACUGCCAGUAUGUGGGACACACAGCAAGUAGAGCUAAUUGUUUAGCUUCUCUGAGUUUCUCAGGAGACUUUUGUCUGUAUUUGAAUUAACCUUCCUGUCUCGUUCAUCAUGCCUCUCUCCUUCUUCUUUUCUUUCGUUUUGAACCUGUCGCUCUCUCUGCCAUCCUUCCAUCACCUUCUUUUUGAUCUUUCCCUUCAUCGCGCCACUCUGUCUCUGGUCUCUACCCUACAUUCCUUCUUCCAUUAAUAUCUCUCCUGUCUCCGCAUGACCUAUUACGUCCUUUGUCCUCCAUGUCCUUGGCCUCCCCUUCUCCCGCCACCCGCCUUCCCCCAGCAGCUCUCUGCCUCCUCUUCCUGCAUCCCACAGACAUCAUGUCCACGCCGGUGUCCCCAUCCGGUGUCUCCCCCCUGAUGCUGACGUCCCCCACAUCGCCAUCCUCCCCGCUGCCCUCUCCCCUGUCCCCUCCGCCCAGGGUGCCUGUGUUUCAGAGGAAGGGAGCGCUCAAACACAAGAGGAUUGUCGAGGUGAAAGACCAUCAGUUCACAGCACGCUUCUUCAAGCAGCCCACCUUCUGCAGCCACUGCACCGACUUUAUAUGGGGCAUCGGCAAGCAGGGAUUCCAGUGUCAAGUUUGCAGUUUUGUGGUCCAUAAAAGAUGUCACGAGUUUGUCACCUUCACAUGUCCCGGAUCUGUGACUGCCCCCAGGCCUGAUGACUUGAAGAGUCGACACACAUUUAAGAUCCACACAUAUUCCAGCCCCACGUUCUGCGAUCACUGUGGAUCGCUGCUGUACGGACUCAUACACCAGGGCAUGAAAUGUUCCAGUUGUGAUAUGAAUGUCCAUCGGAGAUGCGAGACCAGCGUUCCCAGUCUGUGUGGUCAGGAUCACACGGAGAAAAGAGGGAGAAUCCACCUGACCAUCAGAGGAGACAAAGAGGACAUCUAUGUCACAGUUCGGGAGGCUCGCAAUCUGAUGCCCAUGGAUCCGAAUGGUUUGUCAGACCCAUAUGUGAAACUAAAACUGAUUCCAGACCCAAAAAGCCACAGCAAACAGAAGACAAAGACCAUCCGCUCAACACUCAAUCCUGUCUGGAAUGAGAGUUUCACCUUCUCAGUGCGAGGCAAUCAGUGGGACAGGCGUCUGUCUGUGGAGGUGUGGGACUGGGACCGGACGUCCAGGAAUGAUUUCAUGGGAGCGCUCUCAUUCGGUGUCAGCGAGAUCUUCAGACGUCCGAUAUGCGGCUGGUUCAAGCUGCUUGCACAAGAUGAGGGGGAAUACUACAAUAUCCCUGUUCCAGAUCCAGAUCUGCAGGAACCGCAGCCAGAUGCUACAGCGCCCUCUCUGCCUCAGGUGUUGGCCGCCCCGGUGCCAGAGCCUUUUCCCGUGGUCUUGUCUCCGGCCCCUGUCCCGUCCUGCCCGCCCAUCCACUCUUCGGGUCCUGGCAAAGUCAGAGUGGGAAUCCAUGACUUCAAUUUUCUCAUGGUGCUGGGCAAAGGCAGCUUUGGCAAGGUGCUGCUGGCCGAAGAGCGAGGCAGCGAUCAUCUGUUUGCAGUGAAAGUCCUUAAAAAGGACGUUCUCUUCCAGGAUGAGGACACGGAGAGCGCUCUGGUGGAGAGGAGGGUUCUGGCGCUCCCCUCCCGUCCCCACUUCCUUACAUCGCUCUAUUGCGCCUUCCAGACCGAGGAUCGUCUAUAUUAUGUUAUGGAAUAUGUCAACGGUGGAGAUCUGAUGUUUCACAUUCAGCAAGUCGGGAAGUUCAAAGAGCCCCAUGCGGCGUUUUAUGCAGCAGAGAUCGCAGUUGGCCUCUUCUUCCUCCACAGCAAAGGCAUCAUCUACAGAGAUCUAAAGCUGGAUAAUGUGCUACUUGACAGCGAGGGCCACAUAAAGAUCGCUGACUUCGGGAUGUGCAGGGAGGGCAUGUUCGGGGGCGACACCACUCGCACGUUCUGUGGCACUCCCGACUACAUUGCCCCUGAGAUUGUGGCAUAUCAACCGUAUAAUAAAGCAGUAGACUGGUGGUCGUAUGGAGUACUAAUGUAUGAAAUGCUUGCAGGACAGCCGCCGUUUGAUGGCAUCGAUGAAGAGGAGCUGUUUCAGUCCAUAAUGGAGCAGAGUGUCUCCUACCCCAAAAAUCUCUCUCGAGAAGCUGUGGCUAUCUGCAAAGGACUCCUGACAAAGCACCCUGCCAAGCGUCUGGGUGGAGGAGAGGAUGCCGAAAGGGAGAUCAAGGAGCAUCCGUUCUUCCGCUGGAUAGACUGGGACCGUCUGGAGCGACUGGAGAUACCGCCACCGUUCAAACCCAGAACUGGCGGAAGAAAAGGCGAGAACUUCGACAAGUUCUUCACAGCGGCGCCAUCCGUUCUCACUCCGUCGGAUCCAGAUGUGCUCGCAGCCAUCAACCAGGAGGAUUUCCAGGGAUUCUCCUUCUUCAACCCAGACUUUGCUCCGUUACCUCUCACAGCUAUUUGAAAACUGCCCCUUCCAAUUCCCCCUGUUAUUUAUCAGAUAGUAGUUUUAUAGCUGAGAGCCAGAGUAUAAAAAUUAGCAGCAAAUAUUUCACCUCUUGUAACAAACUUCUGACGUUUACAUUAAAAUGCCAAGACAAGUCGGUAUUCCCUCUAUGACAUGUGUAUGUCUUCUUACUGCAUGUGUAUUUACCAUGCCAGUGUUCUGGCUUGCCACUCUAGACUUCUUUUUUAUAUAUAAGAUUUGUCCUAACCUGCUCUAAGACUUUUGUUGUGAAAGACAGAUAAAUGAAUCUCUUUGCAUGCGGAUAGUUUUUGUAGAGCUAGAAGGAAGAUAAAAGUCCUCAGUUUUCUGAACAGCCAAUUUACCAGUAACAUCUUUGUUCGUACAGCUAUUCAGAAAAUAAUAUGCAAAAGAAAUCUUCUUUUCAUAAAUUACAUUUCCUUAAAGGUCUAUUUAGCUCAAAUACGUUCCCAUCCUAGAUGGCCUCCACAGCACCUGAAUGUGCAUUUUGAAAUCUAGAUCUAAAUAGAUAGAUCAGAAAUCUAAAACUGACUCAUAGACUAUAAAGCUAUCUAAAUAGCAUGUUUCUCUUUCCCAAUUUGAUUGCAUAAUCUUAAGAAAGACUCACUGGGGCUUUUUAACCUCCCUCAGCCUCUCAGUUGAAUGUCAUGACCUCAGCUGAUUCACGAAGGUGCAUAAAUGACGCAGCGGACGCAGUGUGACAGAAACUGUAGGCAAUAAUGCUGCCCUCAAACUGCUGGACUUUGAGUUGUAUUACUUUAAAUUAAACACCAUGUUUGCAUCAAAGCUCGUCCUUGCAAAAGCAUUAAUACUCCAUAAACCUUUUAUUUUCACAUUUUAUAGUGUUACGACCACAGACUUUAUUUGAUUUCAUUUGGAUUUAAGAGCGACCAACACCAGUGGUGUUAAGAGUUGGGAAUAAAAUGAUGAAUGGUUUUCAAAAAGGUUUAGUAUGUAUUCACCUCUCUCAUGUUGAUACCUUGCAGAAUCUCAUUUUGAUGUGAUUACAGUCCAAGUUUCUGCCAGCUUUGCACAUCUCGGGACAGAAAUGUUGAACAAUUCUUCUUUCCAAACAACUGAAGCACAAUUGCAAUGGAUGUGGAAACAGUUUUUCAUGAAUCUGGACUGUGACUGUACCUUUCCAACACAUGAAUGUGUGUUGCUCUAAACGGAUGUAGGUCUUGUUGUUGAGGAACAUUAUCACAUUCAUUUGUGACAGAUUCUCCAGAACUCCUAUAUAUUUAGCUACAUUACUCUGCUUGUUAACGCUGGUCAGCUCCUGCAGACAAAAAGCAUCCCCACACAAUGAUGCAGCCACCACCAUGUUUUUCCACCAUAUGGGGGUCAAAAAGUUUGAGUUUGGUGUUAACAGACAAGCGUGAGGCAAAAUUCAGACAGAACUUGCCAUGACUUUUUUUUUUCUUUAACAUUGUUUAUCUUCUUCCAUAAAGAUCAGGUUUGCAGAGUGCAAGGGGACAUUUGCAGCUUCUAAUCUUUUAUUUAGAGGUAUCAGAAUGAGGGGGCAGGAUGAAUACAAACACAAGUAAAGUUUUUGAUUUCUAUUUACAAAGAAAAUCUAGAAACCCUUUUUCUUCCAUUUUACAAUUUAUUUGAUUGUGUUGGUCAAUCAAAUAAAAUACAAUGAAGUUGUUUUUUGUAAUGGGACAAAUUGUGAAAAGGUUUAAGGGAUGUAUUUUUGCACAGCACCUUAAUUAGAACCUCUAAUUGUUUUACUGCACUUAAGAAAACAUUACCCUUCAUGUUGUCUUAUCCAAACAAGCUCGUUGGCUUGUUAAAGUACAGAAACUUGUGUCCACCAGAAAGCUUUUUGCUGUGUAAUGACAUACAGCACACACCAUUGAUUGGGAGUAAUUAGAAGGGAGGCUCAACGGGACUGUUCAAUACGUGGAAAAAAAAAAUAAUACAAGCAGUGCGUUUAUUUAAACCUGCCUGAUCAGGGCAGGUGGCUGCAAUGUCUCCACUAUAGUCCCACAAAUGAGUUUUAUUUCUUUAACAGAACUUAUGGGUUCAUCACCACUUUCUGAGUGUUUCACUACAUUAGAGACAAGAGAAAUAUGUAAUAAUCAGCAAACUAUUAUGGCUAGUUAAUGUAUUUGUCUGUUGAGUUAACUCCUUUUGUUUUCAUGUGCUGGAAAAAUAACUUCAAAAUAAACCAACUGAAAGUCACA